UUUUUUUUCUUUUUAAAGUCAAUAUUCAAAUAGUUUUACAUUUUAGUUACUUUCGUUUUUUUUUUUUUACUUUUUAUUCUUUUGUUAUUUACUCUUAUUCAAUGCCAUUAGCUUCAAUGCUGGAAACGAACAAACCUUUUAUCUUUACUUCACACUCAAAUGGGUCUUCUACUGAACUGCCUUCUCCUACAAACAAGUCUACUUUACAAAGACCAGUCCACAAUUCAACUACAAACCAUACAAAACUACCGUCACCUUCUCCUGUAGAUCGUGGUCUUUACUAUUCUUCUUCUUCCGUAUCAAAGGAUUUGGAUUCUCAACAGGAAACUUCUCAUCAACCUCAUAUGAAUCCACAUUAUCAAAAUCAACAAACUUCUCGACCAAAUGGUUAUAUCUAUCCAACAACAACUUCUACACCAAAAACUCCUCAUGAAGACAUACCUUCUUAUUCUAAUCAACAGUAUCAGCACUCCUCCCCUACUAUACCGGCGAAUACACCUCUUCCUCCUCCUUCUUCUUUAACACCAACGUCUACUUCUCCUUCUACUACCUCUGCUACUACUUCUUCAACCAUCGUUAAGGUUCAACAGUCUUUGUCUUUCUCAUCACCACCACCCACUGGUACUCAUCAAGUCUCUUCCCUCUCUUCUCCUACUUUAAACGACAACCGUAGCUCUCAAGUGUCACAUCAAGUUUUACCUCCUAUGGACCAUCAUCAGUUAGGAAACGUAAAAAUGGAAGAUUCUGAAGUGGUAUCAUUCAACUCAACUUCACACUUGACCGCACCUCAUCUUUUGACUUCUUCACCACCUGCACUAUCAACCUCUACCACCUUACCAAAAAUUGGAUCAGUACCUCUAUCUACUCCCACUACAACUACUCCAAAUAAUACCACUGGUUCUUUGACAGCAAUAGUAACGUCUGAACCCAUUUUAACAUCAACAAAAACUAUUGCACAAGACGAAGAAGUUGAUUCUGGUUAUUUUGAUAGUAGUGCCACAGAUAAUAAACGGGUGAAACGACGAAAAGAACUGAAUCAACGUAUCGAAUAUCUGAAUAAUGAUUUUAUUCAAAACAAAGAAAGGAUAUUUUCGGAAAAACUAUUAGCAACUCAAAAUGAAAUCAGUCAAGCUCACAAUAAUACCCAUAGGCAAUAUAAGGAAGGAUUAAUAUUAUUGGAAUCGAUUCGACAAAAGACAAUUGAAGAUGGACGUUUACUACGGGAUUAUCAAACUCAAGUGACUGAUAAACAAUUUACAUUAGAAAUCCAUCGUGCUGAAGAAGAAUACUUGGCUGAAAAACAUGAAGUACGGGAGAAGUUAUUUGCAGUAUUGGAAGAAAAGCGACGAAGACUCAAAGAAGAAAAGGAUAAUUGUGAUUUAGCUUAUGAUGUUGUGAUGGAAUCUCAAACUAGAAUGAACAAACGAAGUUUACGAAAACGUGGGAUGGACAAUGGUGAUAAUAAACUCAACAAACGAAAACAAGUGUCAGGCCCGACAUUGAUAUUCAGACUCAAGGAUGAAGAAGUAUUUGAUGAUUUACAGGCAAUGCGAAAUGGUUUGACAAACCAGGUGAAGAAACCAACUUCACACAAGAAGAAAUGAACAAAUUUGAUCUUUUCCCUACUUUUUUUAUUGUUUUCCUUUUUUUUUUUCUGAUGAUAUCCCUCUUCCUUUUUUUUAAUAUAGUCUUCUUUCCUACCUUUAUACAAUUUUUUUUUUUUU